CUGUGCGGGCACCAUGCGGCGGGGCGCGCUCCUGGCCGGUGCCCUGGCUGUGUACGCCGGGUACCUGGCGCUAGGCGCGCUGCUGGUGGCUCAGCUGGAGCGGCCGCACGAAGCCCGGCUGCGGGCAGAGCUGGGGACGCUGCGGGAGCAGCUGCUGCGGCACAGCCCGUGCGUGGCGGCGGCCGCCCUGGACUCCUUCGUGGAGCGGGUGCUGGCGGCGGGACGGCUGGGGCGCGCCGUGCUGGCCAACGCCUCGGGAGCAGCCAACGCUUCGGACCCCGCCUGGGACUUCGCCUCGGCGCUCUUCUUCGCCAGCACUCUGGUCACCACCGUGGGCUAUGGCUACACGACCCCACUGACAGACGCGGGCAAAGCCUUCUCCAUCGUCUUUGCGCUCCUGGGCGUGCCCAUCACCAUGCUACUUCUGACUGCGUCGGCCCAGCGCCUGUCACUGCUGCUCACCCGCGCACCCCUGUCCUGGCUGAGCUUGCGUUGGGGAUGGCACCCCCAGCGGGCAGCCCGCUGGCACCUGGUGGCCCUGCUGGUGGUCAUAGUGGCAGUCUUCUUCCUGGUGCCAGCUGCGGUCUUCGCCUACCUUGAGGAGGCCUGGAGCUUUCUGGAUGCUUUCUACUUCUGCUUCAUCUCUCUGUCCACCAUCGGCCUGGGGGAUUAUGUGCCUGGGGAAGCCCCCGGCCAGCCUUACCGGGCCCUCUACAAGGUGCUUGUUACAGCAUACCUCUUCCUGGGCCUGGUUGCCAUGGUGCUGGUGUUGCAGACUUUCCACCAUGUGUCUGACCUCCAUGGCCUCACUGAACUCAUCUUGCUGCCCAGUCCGGACCCUGCCAACCUCAGCCAGGAUGAGGACGACCAGGUGGACAUUCUGGACACCCAGACAGAUCUGCACCAGCACCUCUCGGCUGGCUCCCACGCUAACUACGCCUCCAUCCCCAGGUAGCUGGGAAGGUGCUGUCAGCCUGGACACACCUGGCCUGGGCUUUGGGCCCCACGUGACUAGAGUGGACCAACAGGAAUGCCCAUACACGCGCUCCUGUCUUUCACAGCACUCCACUGGGAGGGGAGGUGCUCUGUGCCCGUGUCUCGGCUCCUCAGGGAACUGCCACAGUCACUUUCUCCUCUUCCCUUUUCUCUCAUGUCUUCUCAUACUCUGACGUCAUUGGUGAGUGGUGGUUGAAUGCGUUUUGUGGUUGCUGUUUUCUCAUUCUCACCUCACUUGCUGGUUCUUCUGGGCUCUGGGCCUGGACCUCACUCCAGGCACUGUCCUAGCGGCUCUGUCUUGGCCAAAUGAUUUCCCCAUUCUGAACCUUGAAAGCCUCAGCUGUCUGAUGCGAAGACUAUUUGAACUCAUCCACAGACCCUCUCUUCUGUGCCAGGCACAUCGUCUUAGAGUGGCUUGGGCCCUGUUCUUACGGGGCUCACUGGCCAGCGAGGUUGACUCACCUACUUGUCCCUGGACAGUGACAAGCCUCAAUAGGCACUGGGAGAGGCAGAGUAGUUAAGACUGAGGAACAGCCCUGAAGUGUCCAGGUGGGCUUCCUGGAAGAAGCGACAAGAACUAACCCAAGACCUGCCAGUCAAGAGAGAAGAUUGUCCCUUCUUCUCAGGUGUCUAUGGGUCAUAGUACCUGUAGGAAGAGCCCUGGGAUAGGCCAGCAUCUCCUUCAAUGGCUUAGCAGGCAAGGAACUAAUCUAGGAUAUGAGCCCAGAUCCAAGUGGCAUGAGAGAUGCCACUUAGCAUAGCCCUGUGGAGUGCUGUGUUGUCUGCUUACUGGGCACUAACUGACGGCCCUGGGCUCUGGAGCCAGUCUUCCUGGUGUACCCUGUGACCAGGCCAUGUCCUGCCCAUGCUUCUCAGCAGUCACUCUACCUCUGGGACCCUGUGUCUGCUAAAUGGUGACCAUAAUAAUACUUCUCCAAAAGAUGACAUCAGCCAGGUGCAGUAUUACGUGCCUAUAAUCUGAGCUGAGGCAGGAGGCUUAAGAGUUCCAGCCCAGAGAGGGGCAGGAAGAGGGAAGAGGGGAUCUUGAUUGGUAUGUAAAAUGAAUUUAAAAAAAUUUCUUAAUUUAUUAAAAAAAAACAAACCAGUUCCAGCCCAGGCUGGGAUACACAGCAGGAGCCAGGUGAUAGAAAUAAUAUACAUAAUAAAGUAAUAAAAUAAUAAUAAUACAUUUAUAAGCAAAGGAAUAUAGUGCCAGGCUAAAGGGACGUGAGAGCAGGCUGCAGAAGGGCACAUGUCCUCAUGGCUGAGACUUACUGUAUUUAUACAUUUGUAUCCCUUAGGAAGGGUUUGGCUGUAAGUAACCACCCCUGACUGGCGCUGUCUGAGAUAACCUAAUUGUUACAUUGUACUUGGACAGACUAUGCCUGGGGAGAGCCACCGGCAUGAUCCUCUCCAGGGCUACGGAGGGCCUGCUGGCCCUGGGUUCAGCCUUUCUCUUCUGCUUCUGUCCACUGAAGGCUCAGCCCCCGCGUGUACUCUCCUCCUGGUGUCUAAAUGGCUGCCACAGACCUCGGCGUGGAAACCAGACAUGCUCUUUCUAGUGCAAGCCGUAAAAAGUUCAACCGCUGGACUGCGAGUUUAAAGGAAGGCUAGCUCACCAGCUCACCCGCAGAUCUUGCUAGAAAGUCACACGAGGAAACGAGGUGUGGUGGCACACACCUGUUGUCCUAGCACUGUGGAGGCAGAGGCUGAAGGCUAGAGAAGCUAGCCAGGGCAACUUAAAAAAAAAAAAAAACAACACCAAACUCCAAAGGGAGCUGGGAUGUUCUCGGUGGUGGAGCAUGUCUAUCCCAGGAGCUAAACAAAACAAUUUACCAUUAUAGGGGCUGGGAAAAUGGCUCAGCCAGGCAGGCACAAAGGCCUGAGUUUAUCCCCAGCACCUACAUAAAAAAUGCUAGAUGUGGUUAUGCAGGACCCUGUAAUCCCAGUUCCGGGGGGGUGGGGUGGGGCUAGGGGGUCCUCAGGGCAAAUCAGUAGGCUCCAGGCUCUGUGAAAGCUCCAGCAUCCAAAAUUAGGGUAGAAGCUGGGCCCUGUGACACACCCCUUUAAUCCCAGCACUUGGGAGGCAGAAGCUGGGGCAUCUCUGUGAGUCUGAGGCCAGCCUGGUCUACAUAGUGAGUUCCAUGACAGUUAGAGCUUCACAGUGAGACCCUGUCUCCACAACACAACUGAAAAAAUAAAAAUAGUGUGGAAAAUCAUUGAGGAAGAAACUGGAUAUUAAACUCUGGCUUCCACAUGCAAACUCACACACACACACACACACACACCCACACACACACAUUGAAAAAUCUGAGCCAGCCAAAUCGCUCCUGGGGGAAAGCACUUGCUGAGUAACCCUGACGGUCAGAGUUAGUGCCAUCCUUGGAACCCACAGGGGACGGAGAGAAGCAACUCUCCAAAUUGUAUUCCUUGUCGUAGAAGGUCCUCUGACCUCCACACAAGUACAGCUGUGUCAGUAGACUUCCCAGGUCUCUCUCUGCGUAUCGUCUAUGCAUGAAGUACAUGAAGUCACGUUUGCCAUCCAUCAUCUUCCACCUUGUAGGGGUGCCACUAGACUGGGAAGUGGUGAUGGCUACCGGCUCUGGAGGCAAAGCCCUCUGGGUGACGCUGGUGUCCCUGUGUUUCAGUUGUGCCUCAGGCUGCUUGUUUGUGAAAUGGGAUUUGUACAGCUCCUACCUCACGGACUUGAACAGUCAGCGAUUUAAUCUCUCCAAAUCCCAGAGGGCACCAUCUGGGAGUCAGUACCAUGCUAACUCUUCCCUCCUUUCUGAAUUCUGCUCCUUAAUAAGGAAGAUCGAUUAAGAUAGAAAUGCUCUAAUAACAUGUCCUAUUGUAUUCUUAUUAAAAUUUUUUAUCUA